GUUACGUAACGCAGCGUUGUUAUCCAGCUGGCUUUCCAUCUGUCUGUGGUUCCUCCUCAUCCAAGAGGAGGACGCGGAGCUUCUCUCUUCUCUGCCGGCCUCUGGUCUGUGUGUGUGUGUGUGGACUCGGACGUGAGGCGUCGGUUGUGUUGACUUUCCUCGCGGGGCUGUGAACAUGCACACUUCCAGCUGCGCCAUUGGCCGCUUCUUCACCGUUUUCCGUCGCCGCCCGCGCGCAAACGUGCGUCUCUUUGCGCAGAUCAGACACAUCCACCCAUCACGAGGACUGUCUCGUGAGGCUCAGUCGAGGUCAGUGAUGCUCCACCAUCAGGACCAGCCUCUGAACUCAGGCUAUGGGGGUCAGCGAGGCCCCAACAACAAGUCCUCCUCCUCGCUUCAGAACAGGAAGGGCGACAAGGACGGCAACUUCAACUUCCUGCCCGGGGGGGAUGACGAGGGCCACACGGGCAACAGAGGAGGGGACGAGAACCGGAACCAGGUGCGUCCCCGCAGCUUGGGCCCGCUGGGUCGCGACCCUCCGAGCUCCUCGCCCUCGUAUCACCACAACGCCCAGCGAGCCCGCAUGCCCUGCUGGAGCCCGCUGGAGCCCCUGCCCGAGAUCGAGCCCGGGGAGGACGGGUAUGGACGAGUUCCCCCGGAUGGAGCGGAGGAAAGGAGGAUGGAGGAAGAGGAGGGAGGGAUGAUGAUGAGUCACAAUGAGAUGAAGCAGCAGAUGAAGCAGCUGCAGAGGAGGAAAGGCAGCUCGGGAGUCGAGGGGAAUGGAUUACUGGAGCUGGAGAACGGUGACGAGUGGGGCGACAGCGACUCUGGGUCCGAGUCCAGCAACCGGUCCGGCGGCAGCAUGUCCCCCAUCAUCCCGGAGAGCGGGGGCGAGGGGGUGCUGAUGGGAGGCUGGGACCGCGUGGGAGUCGGGGAACCAAAGGCCAACCACAGGGAAGGUGACCGGCCCUCGAACAGCAACCGAGAACCAGCUCCACGACACCACGGCCGCAAGUCGCUGCCAGGAGGCGUGCUGGCAAACCUCCGGGAGGAAAGAACCGAGGAGCAGGAGGACGAGGGCCGGUCUUCAGACUCAGACGGCGGGCUGAUGGACGCCGUGUGGACGCUGCGGGACCGCGAGCGCUUCAAGGCCCAGGAGAUGGAGAAGCACCAGGUGCAGCUGACCAUGUACCGCCGCCUGGCGCUGAUCCGCUGGGUGCGCACGCUGCAGGGCCACGUGGAGGAGCAGCAGAACCGCCUGCAGUCCAGCUUCGACGUCAUCCUCACCCAGAGGAAGGAGCUGCUGCGCAUGGGCGCCGCCGUCACGGUGGCCAACGCCACUCCCACCGCGGCUGUGGGACAGUCAUGAGCAGGGAGGCAGUGACAGGAAGUGGUUAAAAACAAAAAAUAUUUCUGCUCGAUUCACUUUUUUCCUGAAGGCAUUUCUACGGCGGCCCAGAGGAGAAAACACAAAUAGAAAAUAAACCGUGCAAAUUGAGAAAACAACAUUGCAACUCUGCAAAAAGACACAACACGAGCAAAUACAGAAAGAAGCUGAAUAUACGCACAACAGAAAUGUUUCCAGGGGACCUAAAAGAGUGCUGCACCUGCUGUAGUUCAAUGUGAAGCUAUUGAAGUAUGCUGCUCGUCAGUGGUGAUGGAACUUCACAAAGCAUGUGCAUCACGUUUCUGGGUCCCCUGGAAACAUUUCCUGUGUUGUUGUUUUUUUUACAUCUGCACGUGUUGUGACUUUUUGCACCUUAUGUGGCGUCAAAUUGAUUAAUUGAUUUAUUACUUAAUUGAUUAAUUUGCACGUGUUUCUUCAGUUUGCACGUGUUUUCAGUGCGUUCUCUCUCAGCCACCGUUCAUAUCCCCUAAAAAAACACAAUCUCCCAUCAUCCUGUUUUUCAUU